UGGUGUCGCCGUCAAGCAGCAGCAGCAGCGGCCGUUGUUGGGGAGAGCGGUGCUCCUUUCCCCGCCCGCCUCGGAGUAGCGGCUCCUCCGCCGAGGACCGCGAGGAAGGCGUUGGCGGGGGGCUGAGGCGCCUCCCUCCCCUUCCUCCGCCGCUGCUGCCGCCGGUGCCAGGCGGAGGCUCCUCCCUCACUCCCGUGUGACUGGCCUAGUGCCGCAUGUGAGGCAAGAAGGCGGGCGGGAGGAGGAGGAGGAGGAGAGGCGCCCGGCCGACAGCGGCCCCCAGUGCGGCGGCGGCGGCGGCGGGAGGUAGAACAAGAGGCGGCGGAGGAAGAGCAGCAGCAACGGCCACAUCCCCCAUCUGCCGCCUCGACGCUUCUUCUCUUCCCCCUCCCCCUCCCCACCCCCGUUAAUCCCUCAUGACGGUUUGGUGCUGCCGGUGUUCCCUGGCCGGUCACUUCAGAAACUACUGUAGCCCUGAAACUGAAGGACACUUUUUGAAUUCCUUAGUGCAGUAUUUUGGUGACAGCUUUGGGACAAAUGUUAAAACAAUGCCCUUAAUAGAAGAAGCUACUCUACCUGUGGACCCACCACUGAGUUUGCCAGUGGUAGUAAUAGGUAAUGGACCAUCGGGAAUUUGCCUCUCAUACAUGCUGUCUGGAUACAGGCCAUAUUUGUCUCCUGCAACAGAACAUCCAAAUCCUAUUUUGCAUAAUAAAUUAAAAGAAUCUAGUCAUCUUUCUAUUGUUGAUCAGGAGUUGGAGUACUUGGCGGAAGGUCUAGAAGGACGCUCUUCGAAUCCUGUUGCAGUUCUCUUUGACACACUGCUUCAUCCUGAUGCUGACUUUGGAUUUAACUAUCCACCUGUUCUUGACUGGAAACUGGAACCAGAGCACUAUAUCCCUCAUAUGGUGCUUGGCAAAGGACCACCUGGUGGUGCUUGGCAUAAUAUGGAAGGUUCCAUGCUGACUAUCAGUUUUGGAGAUUGGAUGGAAUUACCUGGAUACACAUUUAAAGACUGGACUGCUACCAAGCGAAGAAAUAUAAAGUGUGACAGAGUUCUGCCAGAGCAAAUUGCUAGCUAUUACAAGCACUAUGUUAAAGUCAUGGGCCUUCAAAAAAACUUCAGGGAAAACACGUACAUAACGUCUGUCUCAAGGCUUUACCGAGAACAGGACCACGAAGAUGAAAGUGAAGUGAGUGAAGAUGUUUUACCACAACAUUUGCAACUGGAAGAGCAAGGUGGACAGACUAUACUGAUCAAGAAAAACUGGGAAAUCAGAGGUUAUCAGAGAGCAGCGGAUGGCUCUCAUGUGCCAUUCUGUUUGUUUGCUGAGAAUGUUGUUCUUGCCACUGGAACUUUUGAUUCUCCUGGCAGACUCCAAGUAGAAGGUGAAGACUUUCCUUUCGUUCUGCAUUCCAUAUCUGAGUUUGGUGCUGCUGUCGACAAAGGAAUAUUAUGUGGGAAAGCAGAUCCAGUCUUGAUCAUAGGUGGUGGACUUACAGCGGCUGAUGCAGUUCUGUGUGCUUAUAACAACAACAUCCCUGUAAUUCAUGCAUUCCGUAGGAGGGUUACUGAUCCAGGUUUGAUUUUCAAACAGUUGCCUAAAAAGCUUUACCCCGAAUACCAUAAGGUCUACCAUAUGAUGUGCACUCAGUCAGUCACUACAGACUAUAAUUUGCACCAUGCUUAUACCAGUUUUCCAGAACAUCGGGUCCUUUCAUUUCAGCCAGAUAUGAAAUGUGUCCUGCAGAGUGCCUCUGGAUUGAAGAAGAUCUUAAAGUUCUCUGUAGCCUUAGUGUUAAUAGGUUCUCAUCCUAACCUAUGCUUCCUGAAGGGCCAAGGCCAGGGUAUAGGCCAUAACCCAAAUGAACCAAUUACGUGCAAGGGUAACCCUAUUGAAAUUGAUCCAUAUACAUAUGAGUGCACAAAGGAACCCAAUCUUUUUGCAGUAGGUCCACUGAUUGGAGACAAUUUUGUACGUUUUUUAAAAGGGGGGGCACUGGGCAUUACACGGCAUUUGGUCACGAAGCAGAAGCAUGAACUCAUAGCUGAAAGAGAAGGAGAUGGAGUUCCCUAAACCAAACAGCCAUAGACAUCAUCUAAGGAACUACAGGCUAAUAACUGACCCAUAACAUCUAGUCAUUGGCAGCCUUGUUUUUGUAAUCCAUAAGUGUUCUUCAUACUUCCAUUGCCUUGUAGAGAAUGAGACUACAGUAUUCCAGCCUGUACAAAAAUUGUUUUUCCUGGAAUUGCUUCCAGUUAAAAGAAACAGUAAAUGAUUAUAAGUCGUGCAGAUUUUAUUUGGUUUUGUACGCUGAUGAGAAAAUAUUUACCACUCUAGAGAAAAAUGGUUUCUACUCAUGAACUAAUAGUUUUGCUAUAUAAAACUAGACCAUGGUUGAAAUAUAGAAGCUUUUCUUUAAGACAAAGUAAAAAAAAUAUUCAGCAGUUGAUUUGCAGCAAGUACUUUAUUUUACCCUUGGUUGUUGUGGGAAGUAUUUAUAACUUAUAAAAUGGCCUGUAAAAUAAAGAUAGUUGCGAAUGGAAACAGUUAAAUGAUACUCCAGAUUGAUAUUCCAGCAUAGUUGGUAGUUGGAAGCAGUUGUCAUAAGUAUGCAGGCAUGCCAUAUGAAAUGUAGCACACUAGCCUCUUCUACAGUGGUGUAAAAUGAAGUACUGCUUAUGUAACAUCGUUAUGAGGGAUCACGUAAUGGAUUUACUGCUGUAGUAAAAACAUUAAUGCCUUGGAAACAAAGUGUUUUAUAUGAAUAA